AUGGAGGAUUAUAUGAGGCUUCCUGUUCGAUUCGCGAUAGUCGUUGGUGACAGGGAACACUGCAUCUCCUCUGCUGACAAAUACCAAAUCGUCCCGGAUGGGCUUGCUUCGGAGAAGCCAGACAGGUUGGACACGUUCUCAACGUUUUGGAUGAAGAGAGCUUACGCCCUUUAUGUCGGAUGA